GACUCCCUGUAAGUGCUGCCUAGCUACCGGCACGGCGGAGCCAUCUCCUCUCCUCCCGCAGCCUCUGCCUGCUGCCACCAGCAGCCCUAAUCCCCCCAGAGCUGCGGAGCGGAGCGGCAGCGCCGGGGUCCGACUGGCUUUGUUCCUGCUGACUUGGCAAGGCAGCGAGGCAGGAAAUGACUUGUUCGCAGUGAUAGAGAAAAACUGAGAAAGCAGGAAAUCAAAUACACGUGUAUGGAGUCAGAGCGAUUCAUCCAGCCCUCCCUGCAGACAGCAGCACAGCCAAAUGCUGCGUGCGUGGAGCGACAGAAGGAGAAACUAUAAGACCAACAGAUGAUUCACGGGAGACUGAAGAAAACACGCCGCUGCCUUCCUUCUAGAAGGAAAACCCGUUCUAAAUCAGAAACCCCUUCCGUCUGCAGCCGGACAUCUCUGCUCAGAGUUCCCUUCGUGUGAAGUUCUGGUUCUGCAGAGAUGGAGUGGGAGGGAUGGAUGGGUGACUGCAAAGUGGGAACUCCACUGUUGAGGCUCAGAGGAGGUUUCUGCCGAUGGGUCACCAUCUUUAUGGAGAACUUUGGGACUUUGCUGAUUCCAGACGUGGUGUUAACGGCUGUUUUUUGGUAGAUAUUUGUAGUUCUGAGAGUUACACACGCCUCAGAAUGCAGAAAGUAAAUAAAGGUCAAUUGCACAGCGGCCUAUGGUGAUUUCAUAGACCAGAGCCUUCAGCUGUUUGCAAUUGAGUCAAUUCAGUUUCCCAUAACGUUAAAUUAACCUCUAAAAAAUGGUGUCAAGGAUCUCAAAAUCCCAAAGGCACACUAAUUAAGGAGGUCAAUGAGGUUCAGGAGGAAUUCAGCACCUCAGCUGACUGGCACAGAACAUCUUUCAGCUCUCUCCACUGCAAUGCUUUCCCCUUCCCGAGCACUUUGGCCCCGAGGGCACCUGCAGCCCAGAGCAGCUCUUCCUGCUUCCUUCCUCGCCCUGUGGGAGGGCAAUGCCCGUGGCUGCUUUCAGCCCAUGUCUUUCAUAUCCCCAUCACGCCAUAAGCCAAGUGUUUUGAUCACUUUUCCCAUCCCAUGGCUUCUUUUUCACCUUCCAGCGUACUCCCAGCUCUGUAAUGUUAGACCUGAUCUUAUUAAGAGUACUCAGACACUUGUAUAACGUUUCACCCCCCCCAGGUCCCCUAUAAGCUCUCCUAAUUCUCCCACCACUCCGGUGAGCUCACACAGCAUCUCCUCUGUGUGACAGCAGUGCUUAGAGAAGGGAGCUGGGAUACAGCCAAGGGCAGACAGCCCGCAGUGCUUCCAGACAGAGCACACCUCCUGUGACAUCCCAUAGCCAAACCCCAGUGACGGGUGCCCAGCCACCACCCAGCACGGUGGGGUUUUGACUGCACACAGCUGUGUUUUCCUCCAUCUCUGCCCACUGUGUCACCAUCAGCCUGGGAUUAGUCAGGCCAGUGAAAGCCCGGCUGUGUUUCCUUUUACCUUCACCCUCCUCCUCAGGGCUGGGGAUGCUCUCACCCCAUACCCGGCUCUCCUCUCACUGCUGGCACCAGUCACGGAGUGCAGUGGGGAGCGGGUAGCAGGAAGGUCAUGACUCAAUUAACAACAAUUAGAUGACAGCAGUGUAAACUGCCCACAGCAGAUCGACAGAAUGUUUCCUAUCAAUUCCCUUUCCUGCAGUCACAAGCUCUUUCAACUGUUUCUCAAGUAAUAAAUUAGAUCAGCUCUGAUCCUUCUGAGUUGCUUGUUGCACCUAACUUUUUAACCCAUUAAGCCACAGGUGCCUUAGCUAAAAUUACCAGCCAUACUCAUUAGCAGGGUUUUUAGCACAAUAGGAACAUUUGUGAUGGGCGACGUGCACCAGAGGAGGGCACUGACUGGGCAGCACUGCAGUAUGCAAUGCCCAGCUGACCCGGGGUUGCAUCAGCAGCUGGAGGUGGACGUAGCAGCCAGGGCACAGCACCAACAGCUGUUAAGUAGCAAAAGCAACAGCUGUUAAGUAGCAAAAGCAGCACCAAAAGGUGUUGAAAAGUCUGAACCCAGCGUUCCCUGCUUCCACUCUGGAGGAGAUGGGCCGCAAGGAAGAGGAUGACAGCAGCUCCUGGAAGAAACAGACGAGCAAUAUCAGAAAGACGUUCAUUUUCAUGGAGGCACUGGGAUCAGGUGCAUUUUCAGAAGUUUUCUUGGUGAAACAAAGAAGCACUGGGAAGCUCUUUGCUCUGAAGUGCAUCAAGAAGUCCCCGCUCACAAGGGACAGCAGCUUGGAGAACGAGAUAGCAGUGCUGAAAAAAAUAAAGCACGAAAACAUCGUGACUUUGGAAGAUAUCUAUGAGAGCACAACCCACUUCUACCUGGUGAUGCAGCUGGUGUCGGGAGGAGAGCUGUUCGACAGGAUCUUGGAACGGGGGGUCUACACUGAGAAAGAUGCGAGCGUGGUGAUCCACCAGGUCCUGACAGCAGUGAAGUACCUCCACGAAAACGGGAUCGUCCACCGCGACCUGAAGCCUGAGAACCUUCUUUACCUCACUCCCGAAGAGAACUCCAAAAUCAUGAUCACAGACUUUGGCUUGUCCAAGAUGGAGCAGAACGGCAUCAUGUCCACCGCCUGCGGGACACCGGGAUACGUCGCCCCUGAAGUCCUCGCCCAGAAACCGUACAGCAAAGCCGUGGACUGCUGGUCCAUCGGAGUCAUCACCUACAUCCUGCUGUGUGGGUACCCACCUUUCUAUGAAGAGACCGAGUCCAAGCUGUUUGAAAAGAUCAAGGAAGGCUACUACGAGUUUGAGUCUCCCUUUUGGGACGACAUCUCUGAUUCAGCCAAGGAUUUCAUCAGACACCUACUGGAGAAGAACCCGGACACGAGGUUUUCCUGUGAAGAAGCCCUGAGGCACCCAUGGAUUAAUGGAAAUACAGCCCUUCACCGUGACAUAUACCCAUCUGUCAGCACUCAGAUUCAGAAAAACUUUGCAAAGAGCAAAUGGAGGCAAGCCUUCAAUGCCGCAGCCGUGGUGCACCACAUGAGGAAGCUGCACAUGAAUGGCCACGCUGCGGCUGGCAGCACCCACCCGAUUAUACAAGGCUCCGAGGCACCCAGACCCAGCACACCCGACACCACGCAGCCAGCAAUGCCCAGCAAGGACGAGGACAUGUCACUGCCCCAGGUGCCCUGUCCAGCCCCUCCUGCUCCGUUGGAGGAAGGCACAGGAAUGAGAGAGGGCAAGCUGCAAAGCCCCCCAGUGAAUGGAUCGCCAGACAACCAGAGCCCACCGGCCAGAUCGUGUGGCUGCAGCCCAGUGUGCACAGGGCACGAGAGAGCCAAGGCAUCCUUCUGCUCUGAGACAGUGCUCCUUAAAAAGCCUGCAAAAUCCCACCAUUUCAAAUCAGAAGUUCUCGUUCCAAUGAAGACGGGUAAGCACUCAUCUCACUGUGGCACUGGGCAAACUGGAGUUUGUUUGAUCAUGUGAUGAGGAAGGCGGCCAGCGGGAUCUCCCAUUGCCAGCGAAACAGAAGGGCUGUUUUACUCUUUUCUGCACUUCAAAGCCAGACAUCAACAGUGCAAGCAAGAAGAAAGGAUGUUGUGUCCCACCAGGGGCUGACAGGCAGCAGCGUCACGGAGAGCAGCGACGCAGUGAUGAGCAGCACAGUAAUGCUGGGAAUCCAUCAGCGCAGUGACCUCGGCGUGCUUCUGGAUCAUUACUGCUUGGAGAAGGCACUUUAGCAAGGGAAAGUCUGAGGCUGCUGCUAGCAUACUCAGUGUAUAUUAUCCAUACAACAUUGCUCAAUGCUGUAAGCUUUUGUUUUCUGUAUACUGUUAAGUUGUCCGAUGCAUAACAAGUGCACUGCACAGCAUAAAUCCUAUAAACCAAAGCCAUGCAGAGUUUUAUUCAGUGGCAGCUCCGUUAUUUUUACGACCUGCAUCCUUCCCAUUCCUUGGAUUUUGGUUCCUCCCAGGCUUCAGCUCUCUGCAGCUCGGUGACAAGCAGCUGCCCAGGCUGCGUGGUUCUCACUUCAGCUACAAAAGGAGACAACCUGCUAGCAACCUCCAUAUGUCUGAUAAUAACCACAGCGAGGUCUGAAUUCCCUGCUUCCAAGUCUGUAAUUGCACAAUAAAUACUUGCUUAAUAAAGCUGAGUUUUGUUUUGUAAA